GCUCUUGAGUGUGUUGAUGAGCCAGAUUUCUCAAUAUUGAAAGAACUCAGAGCACUGGCCUUGCAUGGUCUGAAUCUAUCCGAGUCAUCCUUAGGAAGUCUGGAAAAUUGUCCUCAUUUAGAAUCAGUGUAUCUAAUGAGCUGCAGGGGGGAUCUAAGCCUCGACACGUUGUUACGCAUAAUUCGUAAAUGCCUAAACCUAAAGUCGGUAAGAUGCCCCAAUUUGAAUUUGAGUUUGGCGUUCAUCACCUCUCUGGACAAGAUAAUGGCAAGCCGGACUACCAAAAUUGAAAUCGGAAUGAGAGCAGACACGCUGACUCCCAAGCAGCUACUGGAAGUUCAAUGUGACCAUAAGAUAGAAUUUGACAUAAUAAGUAAUUUCCCAUUGCUUGGACCCUCAGAUGAUGAUGACGAUGACGACGAUGAUGAUGAUGAGUCAUUCUUUUCUGAUGGGAGCUUUGAAGACUUUUGGCUGUAUGGAUAUGGCAGUGAUAAUAGCUUGCCAGAUGCCAUGUUUUAUGGCAAUGCUUUGGAAUUGGUGCAUCCGCAUUUUGGGCUCUUUGAUUUCGAUUAUAGUGAUAGUGAAUCAGACAUAAGCCUGGGAUGAUUUUUGUUGACUGCAAAGACAGCAUAAACUGUACAAGUGCUAAGGGAGAUGUGAUAUAUGAUGCUUGAAAUAGCACAUUUUUAUAUAUGACAGUCAGCAACAGCACAUAAUUAAUCUGUUGUCUUUUUCAAGCAAGGAGCCCAAGUUGUACUUAUAAAAUGAUUUGUUGGUUAAAAAAAAUAUCUUGUUUCAGAUGACAGUCUAUUGAAUUUUUAAACCCUUUGUUGGAUACAUAUACGUUAUAAACCAGUGCCUUUUUCCUAUGCCAAGACAGUUUUCCUUUUGUCUACAUUGGUUGUGAUAUCUCAGUAUAGCCUGUAUGUAUAUACCAGUCCAGUAUAUAAUCCAUGCUGUGUGUGUAUUAAAGUGUAUAAUUACUGCCAGCUUUUAAGAUUGUCAUCUAUAGUGACUUCUGACUUAUAGAAGAUAGAAAAAUUCAAUCUCUUAGUAAUAUUAGCAUUCUCAUUUGUAUUAGCAGUUAGUACUAGUAUUAGUACUUGUGUUUGCAGUGUAGGUUUCUUUCUAUUAUUAAAUAUUCAUAGUUUUAUCACUGUAUUAGUACCACUUUUUGUUGUCAUUACUGAAGAAGCAAAAUGUUCACUUUGCCUCUGGAGAAGGAUAACUACUUCAAAAUUGUUCCAAAAAAUUUUUUCAAUACCCUUUUUUUUUCCUCUCCCAUUAAUCUGGUUGACUUCAGGUAUGUUGUAUAUUUUAAGAAAAGUAUAUAAAGAAAACUGGUUUCAUAUUCUUUUGAAAAGUUAAUUCUCAAGUACCACAUAGUAAGAUUAUGCUCAAAGCCCUAGUAAUGAGAAUUAAUCAUUACAUUAUAAGAUGCACAAUAAAUUGAGAUUGGGGUAGUAAUUUAAAAUUCAGCAUUUGAGUUGGGCAAGGAAAAAGGAAACCUGGCAGAGUAAUGUUUUUGUCCAUUUCUGGAAAAAAAAAUCUAAGCACUAAUCAUUUACAUACAAGAUAUUUCUUUUUUUUAUAUAUUUUAUACCAAUCCAUCUCUCAUUUGAAGGAUAGUUUGGGUUCUGUUUUUACUUGUAUUUAUGGAAGUAAAUAAUUAUAUUUGUUUACUUUCUCAUAUCUUAAAAUACCAGAAGAAAACAAUAUAUACGUACUUAUUCAAGCUAAUGUAAUGAAGUAAAUACACUGAAACAACUGUAUAUUAAAAGUCAAGAAGGCUUGAGAGUUCAAUAUGAGACAUCCAAGCUAAAAAACAAAACAAAAAAACAAUGAUUUAUGUGAAUGUGAAAGUUCAGACUUAUUUCUUCCAGUCGGGACAACACAUAUUCUUUACCAUCUACUUCAGUGUCCAUACUUGUACCUUUGUAAAGGAACUACAUAUUUCAUUUUGUUUGUAACUUCAGUUAAGAUAUAUAUGUACAUUUAUAACAACAAAAUAUGUGCCUUUAUUUUUUGCAUUAAUAAAGACAUAUUCCAAAAA